AUGAGUACUCAUUUCAGCGGAGAUGAGCAUUAUAACAGUUCCAAUUUUAUUGAAACAUCUAUUAAAAUGCCAAUGCAAACUUUUAAGAAUAACAAAUUAGAUUAUAUACUUAAAUUUAGACAACUUGGUGAUAGAAAGAAACAAGAAGCAAUUAUUUUCCUUCCAAGCAUAUACGAAACAGAAGCUUCAUGCUAUAGAAUUGCUCCUUUGUUUGAGCAAGCUGGAUAUCGCUUUGUUUCUGUUACAACAAAUAAUCACGAUACUUACGAAGCAUGCAUUGAUACAUUUGAUCAAUUCUUCAAAUAUCUGGGAGUAACAAGUGUGCAUUACAUUGGUGUAGACUCUGGCGGAUUUUUGGCUUUACAGUUGCAAAAUACCAUCAAUUUCGCAGCAAAAUGCCUUUCUUGCACAUUGAUUAACUCAUAUACAAGAAACGAUAUGUUUGUUCCUAGAAAACUAUCACUAUUUGCAGUUACUGGCCCUCUCGUUGCGAAAUCUGAUCUAAAGAAAGAAUUAAAUGAAGUUGAUCAAUCUAUUCCAGAAUUAGAAUCAAUGAAGUUUGUUAAAAAGGAGUUAGAUACCCUUGGAAUGUCAGAGGCUGCUCAUCGAAUUCAAUUACGUAUGGCAAUGACACCACCACUAUAUUUACAUAUACCACCACAAGCAAUCAUGUCCAUUGAACCUUUAGAUCGCCGUUUAAGCUUUACUCCAAGAUUUUUGCCUUCAUUAACGCUUGGAGGAGUAAAACAAGCAUUAAUGAAGCAUGGUUCUGAUUUUACACAUCUCGAAGCACCAGAAGAUCUAUUUACUUAUGUUUUAUGCCAUAUUAAGAAAUGGACUCCAUUAACUCCUGAAAUGCAAGCUGCAAUUCAGGCAGUUGCUACUCAAAACCAACAAAAUACAGCAAACAAAGCUCCUCAAUCAUCGUCAACUCCAAAUCAAGAAAAUACAGAAAAUCAAACUUCUCCUGAAGAAGCUCCAAAGCCAACAGCUGAAUAG